AACAGUCUGGUGUUUAUCCGCGUCUCGCUCACACCGACCGCGUCGCGUCGCGCCUCUGAGGUGCACUCGCUGUUCCUAUUAUUUUCGUGACGGGUAUUGCGCCGAAGCCGAUUCCCGCAUCCUCGCCCCGAGACGCGAGGUCCGGUCUCGCAGCGGAGGCGGCGGCGGUGGCCGUUCGCAUCGCGCGCCAGUCCGCGCCCGAGGCCGUCUGUCGCACCGGUUCGCGCCUCCAGUAUUUUGUUAGCUCGUCGCCGGUUUGUCGAAAUUGAAAAUGCGGCGCUUUCCGGGGAUCGUCACGAGUGCGUAUCGCGGCGGGUGACAGCCAGGCAGGGCGGCUCCGGCCUUACUUAUUGAAACGGUGACGUGUUGCUGGUGACAGUGAGUGGAUUGUGUAUAGCUCGCCGAUGCUAUACGUGAAUGUGGAUGGAGUGCGGAGUGGUGUCGGAAGAUGCAUUUCAAGGAGUCGUUCGCGAUGAGCGAUCGUCCGAACGAGCGCGGCCGCCGCAACUCCCGCUGCAAGGGCGCUGGCGUCAAGAUGGAGCACUUCCAGGCGGCGCUGGAUCCUCGCAAGCAGGAGCUGCUGGAAGCGCGCUUCCUAGGUGCCAAGGUGAGCGUUGAGGAGAUACUGGUAGAAAGGCGACCCACCGUGUGCAAGACGAUGUCAGCUGGGUCACAAAUUCAGAUGGCACCACAAACUACUGUCAACACGGGGCAGCCACUUCACAACCAGGAUUCCAAUAUGAGCACAGGGUCAUCACAUAGUGAUAAAGAAGUUGAUGCACUUACACCUGAAAAAUCUGCAGCUAUGCGAGGCCCAAAUGCAGUUCCGGGUCCUGUAUUAGUUCCACCAAGUGGUGCCACACCUACUAUAGCUAUGCCAGAGAGAAAAAGAAAACGAAAAGGUGAGGAAGGUGUUGGUGGCGGUGGAGGCGGCGGAGGCAAGCAGAGACACAACUCUUCAGACAAGAACAUCCGGGAGUAUUUCUCCAAGCACCCCUCAUCCAGCCCAGUUCGGCACGCUGGUGCCAAAUCACCUUCGCCCCAGGGCGCUAACUCUUACCCAAUGUACCCACCGUCACCUUCAUCAUUACUGCCUUCGGGAGCAGACUUUUUACGUUCGACUUCCCAGCAACGACCUCACACUACUGUUAAACAGAUGCCUAUUAUUUGUCCACAGGUUCAAACAGAACUGACAUGUCAGAGGAUACAAGAGUUAGAAACUCAAGCAUCGUCUGACUUAGAACUAAGAAAUAAUAGGAUAGAAGAAUUAACAAGGAGUAAUGAAGAACUCAAACAUCAGGUGCAAGCACAGAGCAAGGUAAUAGAGCAACAUAAAUCACACAUCAAUAAAUGUAUAGACGUGGUAAAGAAGCUUUUAAAUGAGAAAAGUACUAUUGAGAAGAAGGAGGCGCGGCAGCGAUGCAUGCAGAACCGGCUGCGGUUGGGGCAGUUUGUGACGCAGCGUGUCGGCGCCACCUUCCAGGAGAACUGGACUGAUGGAUAUGCAUUUCAAGAGUUGACGAGGCGGCAAGAAGAAAUAACGGCAGAGAAGGAAGAGAUCGACCGGCAGAAGAAGUUGUUGUUCAAAAAGCGGCCGUCGAACAGCGAGGGCGGCGGCGGGCGCGGCAAGCGCACGUCGAGCGCGGCCGCGCCCCCCACGCCGCAGCCGCAGCCGCUGCACAACGGCACCGACCCGCCCACCUUCCUCAAGCCAGACCCGCUGCCCAGCAUGACCUGGCAGGAGUACUAUGAGGCUGACGAGAUUCUAAAGUUGAGACAGAGCGCUCUCAAGAAGGAGGACGCAGACUUGCAGCUAGAGAUGGAGAAACUGGAAAGAGAAAGAAACUUGCAUAUUAGAGAACUGAAGAGAAUACACAACGAGGACCAGAGCCGAUUCUCGCAGCAUCCUGUGCUCUCUGAUAGAUAUCUGUUACUAAUGCUGCUGGGUAAGGGCGGGUUCAGCGAGGUGCACAAAGCUUUCGACCUCCGCGAGCAGCGGUACACGGCCUGCAAAGUGCACCAGCUCAACAAAGACUGGAAGGAGGACAAGAAGGCCAACUAUAUCAAGCACGCGCUGCGGGAGUACAACAUCCACAAGGCGCUGGACCAUCCACGGAUCGUGAAGCUCUACGAUGUGUUCGAAAUAGACGGCAACUCAUUCUGUACAGUUCUUGAAUACUGCAAUGGACAUGAUCUCGACUUUUAUCUAAAACAGCACAAGACAAUCCCCGAGCGAGAGGCCCGGUCGAUCGUGAUGCAAGUAGUGUCGGCGCUGAAGUAUCUGAACGAGAUCAAGCCGCCGGUGAUUCACUACGACCUGAAGCCGGGCAACAUCCUGCUCACCGAGGGCAACGUCUGCGGCGAGAUCAAGAUCACCGAUUUCGGCCUCUCCAAGGUCAUGGACGAGGAGAACUACAACCCCGACCAUGGCAUGGACCUGACUAGCCAGGGAGCAGGCACCUAUUGGUAUUUGCCGCCUGAGUGUUUCGUAGUCGGCAAGAACCCACCAAAGAUCAGUAGUAAGGUGGACGUGUGGAGCGUGGGGGUGAUCUUCUACCAGUGCCUGUACGGCAAGAAGCCGUUCGGCCACAACCAGAGCCAGGCCACCAUCCUGGAAGAGAACACCAUCCUCAAGGCGACCGAGGUGCAGUUCGCCAACAAGCCCACCGUCAGUAACGAGGCUAAGAGUUUCAUCCGCGCGUGCCUGGCGUACCGCAAGGAGGAGCGCAUCGACGUGUUCGGGCUGGCGCGGCACGAGUACCUGCAGCCGCCCAUGCCCAAGCCGCGCGGCGCGGGCGCGCCCCCGGCCGCGGCGGCGGCGCCGGCCCCGCCGUCCUUCAGCGGCGCGCUGUUCGGCGCCGGCUCGUCGUCCUAGCCGCGCCGCCGCCGCCACAAACACCCGGCGGCGCACUGACCGGCCGCGUGUCCCGCCUCCUCCGAGUGUACAUAGUCGAGAGUGACCGUAGCGUUAGGACGUUGACUCGCCGCGUACCGGCGGACGCGGCCGCGGACGGGCCCCGUGCGGUGGGGCCCGGGGACAGCAGAACGUUCCUACCGAGCGGAGUGUGAUUGUCCGCGUCGUUCGAGUCUUAUAGACGUACUUUUUAGUUAUGAAACUUUGUCAGUUAAUCCAGAGUUGUAAAAUGACUAAAUAUCAUUUACAGAUUAAAAUUGUUUAAGAUUAUGCUUACUGUUGACUGUAUUUAUUGAGCAGGUGAUAAAAUGUGAUUCUCCAUUUAUGAAUGGUUUUAUCCUUUUAUCACUAGAGAAGAAUCCUUGGGACUAUCCCUUGCAUAUUAUAUAAGUUAUCCCUAUUAAAAAAAGUUAAAAAUAUUGAAAA